AAUUCGCAUAUCAACAGAGUCACUUCCAAGUGAUACCAAUAACUAAUAAGCAAGCAUGAGAAUCGCUAUAGCGUUGUGCUUUUCGGCUAUAUUUUGUACCGUAAAUUCGGCUGCCAUUCCAAUGAACUUUGACUAUUUGGAAGAUGAACAAUUUAUAAAAGUAAAAAAUACGAUAUUGAAUGUGGACCGUAUCGUAAAACGAAUUGCACGUGUCCAGGCUGAUACUAAAGAGGAUGCUAUAUUGACAAUUACGAAAAGAUGGAAUCAGCAAAUGAAUAAUUACAGAGAUUACGUUAAUCUAUUGGUCGAUUCGAUGCGCAGGGAAUUAAAUAACGUUAAAUUUAGAGGUGUAGAUGCCCAAUACUGUUACGAUACUAAUUUCUGGGCCAUAAACGAACAUGGGGACAUAGCGUAUCAAUCUGCUAUAAAAUGUCAAGAAUCUGCUGAAAUAUCUAUUGAAAACAGCCUUCAGUUUCUCGAUAGCCUCAAGUCGCUUGGGUACGAGUUGAUAAAAGAAUUGAAUGAUAUCUUCCUGAACUGCUAUGAUGACGAUACUACUAAAACGCAAAGUUGCUUCCUUAGCGAGUUCGGGAAAAUCAAUAACGCCGUGAAGGAGUUUGAAGAGGAUGCCAAAUACAUUGAGUAUAACUCAUUACCAGCGUCCAACUACGUCGUUCUGCAGACCACUCAAUGUCUGAGCAACGCUUACUUGUUAGCGCGCUUCGAAAGUCAGGGUGCAAUGAUGUCUAAUUCUAGAUGCAUUCGAAACGCCGUGAAUAAAAAAACUGAUGAAUAAAGUUUAAUCGUUUAAAAGAGUCUAAUGCAUUUGUCGCUUACAAUUUAUAUUCAAAAUUAUACUAGAGAGAAAACAAUGCAUUUUGACAAAUCAAUUAAUGCAAUCAAUUUGACAAAGAUGCUCUGUGUACGAUUAUAUGCGUGUAUCGAAACAAUGCUUUGAUCAUUAAUGGUGUGCUUUAUACGAUAUAUUUUUAAAGAUAUUUUUUAUGUAUGUAUAAUAUACUUAAGAGA